AUGAGGACAGUCUUCCUGCCCUGUGCAGCGGCCGCCCUGUUUCUGCUGGGAUGUGCGACGGCUUCGGGGGACGCGGGACAGGAACCAGUCCUGCAGGUUCGGAUUAUCAACUUUAACUUUGAGACUGUGCGGGUCACAUGGAGCCCGAGACGAUACUCGGGGACAAAUCUGACUUUUGUCUACAAGCUGAGUAGCGAUGAGGCCAGUCGCCCAUGCUGCAACUACAUCGUUCACGAAGGCCACACUGCCGGCUGCCUCCUGGAGGCAAGGAAGGACGAAAUCCUGUGCUUUUCCCUUGGGAACGGAACGGAUGUCCUUUUCCGAAAGUGCGAGUGGAUAAGCGCGUACCUGAAACCCAGCUCCCCAGAAGAUUUGAGUUUCCGCUGGCAUGAAGACGCUGUGACGGUCACCUGUUCUGACCUGCCCUACAAGCGUCUUCUCUACGAAAUCCAAUACAAGAGCAUAUUCGACACGGAGUGGCAGUCAAAGGAGGGUGAAACCUGCAAUGUUACGAUGCAAGGCUUGGAUUCUGAGAAAUGUUAUUUCUUCCGGGCCAGAGUCAAAACACUGGAGUCCAGCUACGGCUCUGACACUUACCCAAGUGACUGGUCCAAGGUGACACACCAGCAGAGGGGCGAGCUGAGAGGUGAGGCUUGCUACCCAGCAGUGCACGGACUUCACAAGUGCCUCAUGCCCAGCGUGCCCGAUCCCAAGCUCACCUUCCCUGGGCUCUUUGAACUGCACCGGGGUAACUUCCAGGAGUGGAUCAAGGAUACACAGAACGUGUCCCACGUGGCCAAGACGGAGGCCACGGAGCAGGAGUGUGUCCCCGAAGAGACCCUCGUUGUCCAGCUACAGAAGGCCGAGGCCGAGAUGCCCAUCGUGACGACUGGCCCGUUGUGCCCUCCAGUGGAGGGGGAAGAGGCCUCCGGGGACACCAGCCUGGUUGCGUGCCAGCCCCCACAAGGGGGCGAGGUGGUCUCUCUGGGGGGCUUCACGUUUGUGAUGACUGACAACUCAUACAUGCUGUUAUGAGGGGGUGCAAACUCAAAACCCAACAUUGGGGCCUACAUUGACAUUAUAGCAUCUGAGGGACUCAGUACGACCACCAAGGGAACACCAACUAUGCCAGCGUGUGUGGCGGGGGUGGGGGGCUCACUGAGAACCCUAACCGCCCAGCCAGGUCACUCCGUGUGUCAGCUUUCCGCCCACGCAUGGUG